AUGAAGGAGCCCCUGAGAAGAACCAAGGGACCAAGGGUUGUCCUGGACGUCGGCUAUGAGAAUGCUAACAGGUUCCUGUUAUAUCUCCCCCUACAGGUCGGCUAUGAGAAUGCUAACAGGUUCCUGUUAUAUCUCCCCCUACAGGUCGGCUAUGAGAAUGCUAACAGGUUCCUGUUAUAUCUCCCCCUACAGGUCGGCUAUGAGAAUGCGGGUACUGUGGAGUUCCUAGUAGAUAAACACGGGAAACAUUACUUCAUAGAAGUCAACUCCAGACUGCAGGUGGAACACACUGUCACUGAGGAGGUUACGGAUGUGGACCUGGUUCAUGCUCAGCUGCGUGUGUGUGAGGGACGCAGUCUGCCUGAGCUGGGGUUAACACAGGAGACCAUCAGGGUGAAUGGUUGUGCCAUACAAUGUAGAGUCACUACUGAAGACCCGGCCAGAGGCUUCCAACCAGACACAGGACGACUGGAGGUGUUCCGUAGCGGUGAAGGGAUGGGUAUACGUCUAGACUCAGCCUCAGCCUUCCCUGGAGCUGUGAUCUCCCCCCACUAUGAUUCUCUGCUGGUCAAAGUCAUCGCCUCUGGGAAAGACAUGUCCACCGCCGCCGCCAAGAUGCACCGCGCUCUCUCUGAGUUCAGAGUCCGGGGGGUCAAGACCAACAUCCCCUUCCUCCAGAAUGUUCUGAGUAAUCACCAAUUUCUACACAGUACAGUGGACACUCAGUUUAUAGAUGAGAACCAGAACCUGUUUAUCAUGAAGCCAGUCCAGAACAGAGCACAGAAACUACUGCACUACCUGGGUCAUGUGAUGGUGAACGGACCAACCACACCCAUUCCUGUCAAGGCUAAGCCCUCCUCCAUCGACCCUGUCAUCCCUACUGUACCCAUGGGUGAGCCGUCGUUAGGGUUCCGUGACGUCCUGCUCCGUGAGGGUCCAGAGGGCUUUGCAAAGGCCGUGAGAGCCCACCCUGGUCUACUGUUCAUGGACACCACCUUCAGGGACGCCCACCAGUCCCUCCUGGCCACCAGGGUGCGAACUCACGACCUGAAGAAGAUAGCACCUUACGUAUCACAUAACUUCAACAACCUGUUCAGCCUGGAGAACUGGGGAGGAGCUACAUUUGACGUAGCCAUGCGUUUCCUGUACGAGUGUCCCUGGAAGAGACUCCAGGAGCUGAGAACCUUAGUGCCCAACGUUCCCUUUCAGAUGUUACUGAGAGGAGCUAAUGCUGUGGGGUACACUAACUACCCUGAUAACGCAGUGUUCAAGUUCUGUGAGGUGGCGAAGGAGAACGGCAUGGAUAUAUUCCGUGUAUUUGACAGUCUCAACUACCUCCCUAACAUGAUACUGGGCAUGGAAGCUGCCGGCAGGGCAGGAGGGGUGGUGGAGGCUGCUAUCUCCUACACAGGAGACGUAUCAGACCCCAUGAGACAGAAGUACUCCCUGGCGUACUAUGUUAAGCUGACUGAGGAACUGAUGAAGGCUGGGACUCACGUACUAUGUAUCAAGGACAUGGCUGGUCUGUUGAAGCCGGAGUCCAGCCGUAUCCUGAUCAGUGCCCUGCGUGAUCGUUAUCCUGACGUUCCUAUCCACGUCCACACACACGACACAGCAGGGGCUGGAGUAGCCGCUAUGCUGGCCUGCGCUGAGGCCGGGGCCGAUGUAGUGGAUGUCGCGGUGGACUCCAUGGCAGGGAUGACGUCACAGCCCAGCAUGGGAGCCAUGGUGGCCUGCACCAAAGGAACCAAACUCGACACUGGUAUUGCCUUAGAGAAGGUGUUUGAUUAUAGUGAGUACUGGGAGGUGACUAGAGGGCUGUAUGCUCCGUUUGACUGCACUGCUACCAUGAAGUCAGGUAACGCUGAUGUGUAUGAGAAUGAGAUUCCAGGCGGUCAGUACACCAACCUUCACUUCCAGGCCCACAGCAUGGGACUGGGCAACAAGUUUAAACAAGUCAAGAAGUCCUACUCAGAGGCUAACAAACUACUGGGGGAUCUGAUCAAGGUGACUCCCAGCUCUAAGAUUGUAGGAGACCUGGCUCAGUUCAUGGUCCAGAACAACCUGACGAGAGAGGAAGUGGAGGAAAAAGCUGAUGAGCUGUCCUUCCCUCUGUCUGUGGUGGAGUUUCUACAAGGACACAUUGGGAUACCGCACGGAGGCUUCCCCGAACCAUUCAGGACCAGGGUUCUAAAAUCCCUCCCCCGUAUCGAGGGGCGUCCUGGUGCCACCCUGCCUCCCCUGGACUUCGAUGCCCUGGAGGCCGGGCUUCGUUUGCUGCACGGCGAUGACAUCACACAGGAGGAUGUGAUGUCAGCGGCCAUGUAUCCCAAGGUUUUCCAGGAGUACAAGGAGUUCACAGGUAGCUUCGGUCCCGUCGACUGCCUCAGCACACGACUCUUCUUGGACGGGCCCAAGAUAGCAGAGGAGUUUCAGGUGGAGAUAGAGAGAGGGAAGACGUUACACAUCAAAGCCCUAGCGGUGGGAGACUUGAAUAAGACAGGACAGAGAGGAGUCUUCUUUGAGCUCAACGGUCAGCUGCGGUCCGUCCUGGUCAAAGAUAAUGUGGCCAUGAAGGAGAUGAAGUUCCAUCCCAAGGCUCUGAAGUCCGUCCGGGGUCAGGUGGGGGCACCCAUGCCCGGAAAGGUCAUCGAGGUCAAAGUUGAGCCUGGUCAGAAGGUGGAGAAGGGUCAGCCGCUUUGUGUUCUGUCAGCUAUGAAGAUGGAGACUGUGGUCAACUCUCCACUGACUGGGGUUGUCACGGUGAUUCAUGUGGACACUGAUAAUAGUUUGGAAGGAGAUGAUUUGAUAUUGGAAAUCACUGCAGAGGAGUAGAGAGAUGGAGUAGAGAGAUGGAGUAGAGAGAUGGAGUAGAGAGAUGGAGUAGAGAGAGGGAGUA